GAACUGUCGUCAGUUGUGUACGCUGUCUUUGCCGGCGACAGUAAGGCAAGGCUUAAAGGCGGUGUCGACUGAGUAUUCGGCAUUCUUGCCAUCGUGCAAAAAUUUACGUACGGUUUACUAACAUAACUCAUCUAUACGGUUACGGAGUCGCGUGUACUGAUCGAGUGCCAGUGCGACGACAAUCGGGCGUGCUACACGGGUGUAUUAUCCACGGUUGUGUAUAUAUAGAUGUGUAUAUGUGCGUAACGUGCGCGUAGAGGAAACCGAAUUCGUCGCGGUCGGAAGAAAGAAAGAGAUAGAGCGAGAAGAGAGUGGGAGAACGAAAGCGGCCGUGAAUCCACGAUACGCGGCUACGUUCACGUCGCCGCGUAUUACACACGGCACGACACGGAACACAACACACUGUCGGGCUCAGACUUCGGGAGGAGAGAGACGUGUAUCAGCACGCUUUACGAAUUAUUACGAAUUCGCAUAACUUCGACGCGCCUUGUGGUGCGUAUAGCAUCCUCGUUCAGUCGACUUCUUCGACCCCCUCGUUGCCACUAUGGCGGACGACGAGGUUCUCUUCGAUGAGGUUUACGAGCUCUGCGAGAUUAUCGGCAAAGGGCCAUUCAGCGUGGUUAGGAAAUGCAUUCACCGGCAAACAGGGCAGACGUUCGCAGUAAAAAUCGUGGACGUAGCAAAGUUCACAUCCAGCCCCGGUCUGAGCACUAACGAUUUGAAGCGGGAAGCGACAAUAUGCCACAUGUUAAAACAUCCCCAUAUUGUAGAGUUACUCGAAACCUACAGUUCCGAGGGUAUGCUCUACAUGGUAUUCGAAUAUAUGGAUGGCUCUGAUUUAUGCUUCGAAGUCGUUCGGAGAGCGACUGCCGGAUUCGUGUACAGCGAAGCGGUUGCCAGCCAUUACAUGCGACAGAUCCUGGAGGCGUUACGCUACUGCCACGAGAACGACAUAAUUCAUCGUGAUCUAAAGCCGCAAUGCGCCCUCCUAGCGGGCAAGGAAAAUUCCGCACCGGUGAAGCUACGCGGCUUCAGUGUCGCCGUGCAACUUCAGUCGUCCCAGGCAAACGGCGUCGGUCGUGUUGGAUGUCCACACUUCAUGGCGCCGGAAGUGAUCCAGCGCAGACAGUACGGGAAGCCUGGUGACGUCUGGUCAGCUGGAGUGCUACUUCAUGUCCUAUUAACUGGUACACUUCCAUUCGUCGGCUCUCGAGAUAGACUGCGAGAAGCAAUUUGCAGAGGACGAGUACAGAUGGAAACGCCAUUGUGGGACAAUAUCAGCGAGCCGGCCAAGGAACUUAUACAAAGGAUGCUCACAACGGAUGUAAAUCAUAGGAUUACCAUACAGGAAGUGCUUAACCACAAAUGGCUCAGAGAUCGUGAUAAGGGUGUGGCCCGAAUACAUUUAGCCGAAACUAUAGAAGAGCUUAAAAAAUUCAAUGCUAGACGAAAACUGAAGGAAUCUGUGAAAGCGGCAAUCUCAUCAGCAAAAUGGCACAUCCCGUAUUCGGAAAUUAAUGGUGACAGCUUUUUCGACAUAGGGGACGACGAAGUUAUAACCACAGGUGCUGUAGCUGAAAUUUUAGACUCUCUGGAUGAUAUUGAAGUACUUCAAGAGAGUGGAAGACUGACAGGUGACGUGAUACUUAAUGCAGUCAACGAUUAUCGUCUUCGAGCUAUUUUAGAGCUUUAUGACAGGAUUUCGACUCGAGUUCCAACACCAUGUCGAGCACCGCAAACAGACGCAGUUCAGCGCGCGCGAGAAGUGGAAGAGCUUCUUCGAGAAAUACAGCAUUCAACAAUACGAAACAUCGAUAGGGCGGAUCUCCGGGAGCUCCAUGAACUUUUGGUCCAGCCGCAUAUGAGGGCGCUAUUACAAGCUCAUGACGUAGCGGGACACGAAGUUUAUGGUGAAGAAGCAACCAGAGUAACACCACCGCCUCUUCUACCCUAUCUAAACGGUGGUGACGAUCUCGAGGGUCAGAACGGUGAUUUAGAUCUAGAAAAUGUAACGCGCGUCAGACUGGUCCAGUUCCAGAAGAACACUGACGAGCCAAUGGGAAUCACAUUGAAAAUGAACGAGGAUGGGAAAUGUGUGGUAGCACGAAUUAUGCACGGUGGUAUGAUACAUAAACAGGCGACCCUUCACGUAGGUGACGAGAUUAGAGAAAUUAACGGAAUACCGGUGGCCAAUCAAUCUGUCAAUGCCUUGCAAAAGAUACUCCGGGAAGCACGAGGUUCAGUGACCUUCAAAAUCGUGCCGUCUUACAGGAGUGCACCACCCCCCUGUGAGGUACAAAUAUUCGUUCGAGCACAAUUCGACUAUGAUCCGCUAGAAGACGGGCUGAUACCGUGUGCGCAAGCUGGAAUCGCGUUCAAAACCGGUGACAUCCUGCAGAUCAUCAGUAAGGAUGAUCAUUAUUGGUGGCAGGCGCAGAAGGACAACGCGGCCGGUUCCGCGGGCUUGAUACCUUCGCCUGAACUUCAAGAACGACGUAUCGCUUACAUGGCUAUGGAAAAGAACAAACAGGAACAAGAUGCUGAAGCAGAAAGAGGAUGUUCUUCUCACACCGAAGGCUGCGACGGUUCGACAGUGAAUUGCUCAAUAUUUGGCCGGAAAAAGAAGCAGUACAAGGAUAAGUAUCUCGCGAAACACAACGCAGUCUUUGACCAGCUGGAUCUGGUCACCUACGAGGAGGUCGUUAAGCUUCCUUAUCCAGCAUUCCAACGGAAAACGUUAGUGUUACUGGGGGCGCAUGGUGUUGGUCGUCGUCAGAUAAAAAAUACAAUUAUUGCGAAGCAUCCUAAUAAAUACGCCUAUCCUAUUCCACAUACAACGAGGCCUCCGCGAAACGACGAAGAAAACGGUCGUAAUUAUUAUUUCGUAUCGCACGAUGAAAUGAUGGCCGACAUCGCUGCCAAUGAGUACCUCGAAUAUGGUACGCAUGAAAACGCCAUGUACGGAACGAAACUGGAAACUAUUCGGAAAAUUCACGAAGAAGGUAAAGUGGCGAUAUUGGACGUUGAGCCUCAAGCGUUGAAAGUGUUACGCACGGCAGAGUUCGCGCCUUAUGUUGUUUUCAUCGCUGCCCCAGUAUUUCAAAAUAUUGCCGACUGUGACGGAAGCUUAGAAAGACUGGCGAAAGAGUCGGAUUCGCUGAAACAAGCGUACGGGCACUUCUUCGACCUGACCAUCGUGAACAACGAGAUCGAUGAAACGAUCGCACAAUUAGAGGCAGCCAUCGAACGGGUUCAUACGACACCGCAAUGGGUGCCUGUGUCCUGGGUCUACUGA